AUGGAUUUCGGCAUUAAAAAAUCAAUUGUUCUAGAAACGCUGAUCAGGGAUGAAAUUAGCUGCGAAUCACCAUAUGAGACACUAAGACAAGAAAGCAAGAAUAUCUCCCGAGAGCAGUAUCACUCGAUUCCCACCCCGAUCUCUCCGUUAGGGAGAGCCCCCAUGAGGCUAUUUCCGGCGCUUGCUGUCAAUUCGAAGAAGAAGAUUAUUAUCGAGUUUCCAUCAUCGUCCUUUCGGCAUAUCGUUGUUAAAAGUCUAAUCCCUUCAAUCUUCAUCCGGCUUGGUCGAGAGACCCGAAGCUUGUCAUUCCAAGAAACCAUUGCUCAAGCCCCGUGGAAUAGAAGUUUGAGAAUAGCACACCACAUUCGUUUUAUCGCUGAUCAAUCGUGGCUGCUCUUUGAUCUCUCUAUCAACAUAGAUAAGAGAACAGCAAUUUUGGAGGAACGGCGCCAUGAAGUUGUGAUAUUAUCUCGAUAUGAACGGCCAGAUAUGGUAGAUCAAGGAUUCAUAGUUAUUCGUGUCGACUACCAAGUUCCAGAAUCGCUGGUGACGGCCUUGUCUGGCGUUGAUACCGUUAUAUCAACCGUGUCCAAAGAGCCUCAGCUCAUACUCAUAGAUGCUUGUAUAACCGCAGGUGUUCGCCGCUUCGCCCCAGCAGAGUUUGAAGGUGUACCUUCCGCACGCCCCAUCAUCGAACCAUGUCGAGACAGAAUCACAACGCUGAACCGACUCCGAGAGGUGCAAGGUCAAAUACAGCCAACUGUCUUUUCGUGUGGUUUCUUCUAUGAGUGGUUUUAUCCUGGAGGACUUAUCAAUUCCGGGGCCAGUAUGGGGACCACAUGUCAGGUGGCUGGAUUUGGGCAAGCUGGGUCGCUUUUGGCGGACAUAGAUAAAGGAAAGGCGAGGAUUCCUGUUCUCGACAACGCAGAUACCGACAUCUAUAUUUGUCUUACUGCUGUAGAGGAUGUAGGUAGAUUUGUGGCCAGGUGUCUGGAUAUUGAAGACUGGCCAGACCAGUUGAGGAUGUGUGGAGAGAGGUUGACGCUCUCGGAGCUUGUGAAAACUAUUGAAGAGAUUAGAGGACAAGCUUUAGAUGUGACCCGCCUGACAAUCGAUGACCUUAAUGAUAAAUUCAUGGACGCUGAGGAAGUUCAGGAUUCAGGCGAAGCGUUUCAGCUCGAGGUUAUGAUGGCGGUUCAUAGAGGGGAAUUCGAUUUUCCUAUGGCAAACGUCAACAAGAUGUUUCCUAAGUUUAAGCCGAUACCACUGAAGAGCUGGCUUCAGGAUCUCUGGGGUGAAAUGAAAUGA